CAUUUGUGUUUUUCUGAAAAAUUUAUACUCUUCCUGUAUUUGCUUGUGUUUUAAUUAUGCCCAAAUUAAGUGGAAAUUAUUAUAUUCUAAUAGAAAAUAGUGAAAAUUCUACUAAUAAUUCUGUUGAUGAUGUUUGUGCAACCAACAAGACAACAGUUCUAGUGUACAUUUUAAGCUUAUGUAAAAAAGUGCACAAUGUUAUAGUUUCACCUGUUGUUUCAGUUUCUUUGUGGUGUAUUAAAAAGGUCAUAAUAAUAUCACAAUUCCUGAGACAUGUGAGUAGAAGUAGAGAAAUUCAAGGGGAGAAAAAAGGAAAACCUUCCACUAGUAAAGAAUUAGAAGAGGAAGCUGCAGAGAACGUCAUACAGAAUAAAGAGUCAGUAUCAGAAAUAGCAGUAGAACCAGGAAAAAGUUAUUCCGAAGAAGAAAAUGAAAGUUCUAGUGACGAAUUUACGCAGUUAGAUGUUGAAGAUUUGUCCAGACCAGAUGAUACAACUGAUGAUAUCGAAAUCAUUUCUCCAGUUGUAGUUGAAUUGGCCUCAAACAAAAAAGCGGUUGAGAAUAUUCUUGCUGAAGAAGCUAAAGAUCUUUCUGAGAAUUUAGUUCCAAAACAAUUAGAGAAUAAACUGUCUGAUAGUAAAAUAUUUGUAAAUGAUGAUUUCAAGUAUUUUGGAGAUAACGAACAAAAUAAUUUGAAGCCUAUGAAUUUCCUUAGUAAACAAGAACAAGGUGCUUCUCCUUCUACAGAAGAUAUUAUUAAAAAUACUCUUAAUAAAUCUUCAUCAGGAAAAUCGAUAAUUGAACAUUUCCAACAAUCAAAAGCACAUACUCAACCUCCACUAAAUGAUGAUAGUUCACAAACAACUAAUGUGAAAGAAAUUAACAAGCUAUCAAAAGAAAUAACAGAACAAGUUGUCACUAAGGCUGUUUCCCUGGUUGAAGAAAACAUGGGGAUGAAGAGUCAAGUUCGAGUUUUAACUCUUAAUGAUAAAGAACAUCAAGAUUCAGUUUUGUAUAGAUUAGAAAAAAAUUGGACCUUACAGUUUCGAUUAGGACCCUCUUUACUUGGGAGAAAAAUAUUGUUAUAUUGUAAUUAUCCUGAAGAAGGAGCUGAAUUUAAAAGAAAUAGUUACCAACUGCUUCCAUGGUCUGAAGAUGAAGGAUGUGAACACUCUGAUGAUACAGCUUUGCAGAUUCAAAUUCAAGUGAAGAAGGCUGGAAGUUAUCAUUAUUAUUUUACAUAUGAAGAUAUAGAAAGUUCAACACCUCAAGGAUCUGGGUUUUUCAUUGUGGACCCCAUUUUAACAUAUGGAGACAAUGAAAUACUUCCUUUGGAUUGUAUACAGUGUCAGACAGUUUUAGCAAAAAGUUUAGGACCUUUUUCGACGUGGGAGAAUAAACUUAAAGUUGCAAAAGAAUCUGGAUAUAACAUAAUUCAUUUUACUCCAAUUCAGGCUCUUGGAGAUUCGAAUUCUAGUUACAGUUUAAAAGCCCAACUUCAAUUGAACCCUAUUUUUGACAAUAACAAGAAAACUACUUUUAAGGACAUAGAAACCUUUACCUCUAAACUUCGAAAAGAAUGGAAGAUGUUGUCUAUUUGCGAUAUUGUUUUAAAUCAUACGGCGAACGAAACUAAAUGGCUUGAGGAACAUCCAGAAACAACAUACAACUGUUCCAACUGCCCUUAUUUGAGACCUGCAUAUCUUUUAGAUGCUGCCCUGCACCAGUUUACUUUGGAUGUUCAAAAGGGCUUAUAUGAAAAUAGGGGAAUUCCAACUGAAAUUUAUAGUGAAGAUCACUUAAAUGCCGUUCGUCAUGCUUUAUAUACCAACGUUUUACCUCAAAUAAAUCUUCAAGAUUUGUACAUUUGUAAUGUAAACAAACUGGUGGCAGAAUUUUUGGAUUAUGCGCGCAACAAAGUUCCUCCCAUUAGUGAAACUAGAAAUCCUGUUGAAGAACUUAAACUAGUACAGGAUCCACUUUACAGGAGACUGGAGUCCACAGUAAGCAUGGAUACAGCUUUAAGAAUAUACAAUGUAUUUAGACAAGACUGUUUUGAUGAAGAUUGUAGAUUGAAAAAAUGCGGAGAAGAACUUAAAAACAAAUUAGAUCAGUUAAAUGCAGCUGUUAUAGGCGAAUUGAAUGAUCAUAUCAGCGCAGCUAUAGAAAACACGAUAGCUGGAAUGAGGUACUUUAGAGUGCAGUCUGAUGGACCCAAAAUUAGAGAUGUUUCAGAAAAAAAUCCACUGGCUUUUAGGUAUUUUACUGAUUUUGGGAAGCCAGCUUCCAUUAAAGAACACGAAGAAAUAAUGUACGGGACGAACUCCAAAUAUCUGAUGGCCCACAACGGUUGGGUUAUGGAUUCAGAUCCUCUACGAAAUUUUGCAGCCCCGGAUAGUAAUGUUUACAUUCGGAGAGAGUUAAUUGCAUGGGGAGAUAGUGUUAAAUUAAGAUAUGGAGAGAAACCUGAAGAUUGUCCUUUCCUCUGGAAUCAUAUGAAAGAAUAUGUAGAGUUGACGGCAAAAAUAUUCGAUGGAGUUCGACUUGAUAAUUGUCACUCUACUCCUAUUCCGAUUGCUGAAUACCUUUUGGACUGUGCUCGCAAAGUUAGACCAAACUUAUAUGUCGUGGCAGAACUAUUCACAAAUUCUGAUCAAAAAGACAAUAUUUUUGUUAACAGAUUGGGAAUUUCAUCUUUGAUAAGAGAAGCGAUGUCCGCUUGGGAUUCUCACGAAGAGGGUCGUCUGGUGUACAGAUAUGGGGGUUAUCCUGUUGGGGCUUUCAUACAGCCCCAUAUCAGACCCCUUGUGCCUGCUAUAGCCCACGCAUUGUUUCUUGACUUAACCCAUGAUAAUCCUAGUCCUGUUGAGAAAAGAUCUGUAUUUGAUUUAUUGCCUAGUACUGCUCUAGUCAACAUGGCUUGUUGUGCCAGUGGAUCUAAUAGAGGAUAUGACGAAUUAGUCCCUCAUCAUGUAAGUUAUUCCCUUUAUCAUUGUGACCAAGAAGAGAAGGACGAAGGAAAUGGCUUUGGCGUAUACGAUAUUCCUGGAUUUGGUCCUAUGGUUUAUUGCGGAUUUCAAGGACUAAUAUCUUUAUUGUCGAAAAUAAGACCAUUUAACGACUUAGGUCAUCCAAUGUGUGGUAACCUUAGAGCCGGAAAUUGGAUGAUAGAUUAUGUGUGGCAAAGACUUAAGUUUGGCGAAGGCACAAACGAAUUAGGUGUUUGGAUUCAAGAAAAUAUUAAACCCUUGAAAGACAUCCCUCGCUAUCUAAUACCCUGUUAUUUUGAUGCCUUUGUAACCGGACUUUACAUGCUCCUUCUGGACCAGUCAUUCACUUUAAUGUCAAAUUUUAUUACAUAUGGAUCUACAUUCGUAAAAGGUCUUGCAUUGGGCUCUGUACAAUGCGUAUCUUACUGUAAAUCAGCCAAUUUGCCCCCGUUUUCUCCUAAUCUAAGUCCACCCUUGCCCCCAAAAAUAAGAACCAAUGAAGGGAAGGAAGUUCAAGCCUGUACUACUUUAGCUGCAGGAUUACCUCAUUUCUCCACUGGUUACAUGAGGAGUUGGGGCCGGGACACUUUUAUUGCUUUGCGAGGUCUCUUACUUUUAACUGGUCGUCAUGAAGAAGCUCGUUUUCAUAUCUUGGGCUAUGCAGCUUGUUUGAGACAUGGUCUCAUACCGAAUUUAUUGGACAGUGGAAAUCCUAGAUACAACUGUCGAGACGCCGUUUGGUGGUGGUUGCAUUGUAUCAAGUCUUACGUGGAGGAGGUUUCAAAUGGGGUGGAAAUUCUUUCAGACACCGUUUCGCGUCUUUUUCCUACAGACAGUUCGGCCCGACAGGAACCAGGAGUCGCAGAUCAGCCACUUCAUGUCGUGAUGCAGGAGGCCCUUAAGGUCCAUUUCCAGGGUCUCGUUUUUCGAGAACGGAACGCAGGAAGGCAAAUUGACGCGCAUAUGAGUGACAGAGGAUUUAACAACCAAAUCGGUGUUCAUCCAGAAACAGGUUUUGUAUUUGGUGGUAACGAAUCGAAUUGUGGAACAUGGAUGGAUAAAAUGGGGUCGUCAGAUAAAGCAGGUAAUCGUGGUAAACCAGCGACGCCAAGAGAUGGUUCAGCUGUGGAGUUAGUAGGUCUUUCUAAGUCGGUUGUGACGUGGUUGGACAAGCUUUAUCACGCUAAGAAGUAUCCUUACGAUGGCGUAGAGAGAAUUCACAAGAAUGGUAAUGUAACGAAAUGGACGUUCAGACAAUGGGCUGAUAAAAUACAGACGAACUUUGAAAAAUAUUUCUGGGUGAAUAUGUCGCCUGUUGCGGGAGAAAAUCGGCCGGAUUUGAUUAACAAAAGGGGGAUCUAUAAAGAUUCUCAUGGAGCCAGCCAAGAAUACGCAGACUUCCAGUUAAGAUGCAAUUUUCCAAUUACCAUGGUUGUGGCACCUGAAUUAUUUGACUCAAAACGUGCUUGGACUGCACUUCAAAAAGUGGAAAAAUAUUUGCUGGGUCCCCUGGGCUUGAAAACAUUAGAUCCUGAAGACUGGAGUUACAAUGGGAUCUACGACAACUCUAACGACUCUGAAGAUUACAACACAGCCCAUGGCUUUAAUUACCAUCAAGGGCCUGAAUGGGUUUGGCCCAUGGGAUUCUAUUUAAGAGCUAAAUUGCACUUCGCCGCUGAAAAUGGCGAUCUUAGGCGUACCAUUGCGAAUACUAAAGUGGUUUUAUCCCGACAUUUUACGGAACUGCAGACAUCUGUAUGGAGAGGACUUUCGGAAUUAACGAAUGCAAAUGGCACAUUCUGUCAUGGCAGUUGUGCCACCCAAGCGUGGAGUAUGGCCUGCAUUUUGGAGGUUCUCCACGACCUCCAAAAAAUUGAAUCGAAGCAACCGAUAAUUUUGAAUUGACUUAACGCAUUGUACUCAUCUCUCACGUCGAAUUUAUCGACAUCAUCUUCGUGUUCGACACUGUCACGUGCCCUCGAACCGCGUUACAAUCACGACCCCAUUUUCACCCUAUCGAGAACCGAUCACGUACAGUCAAAAAAAAUCUGGCGCAAGCACAUUAAAUCGUGUCCAAAAAUUGGCGACUUAUUCAAAAAACCGCCGAAAGUGACCAAAAAAUUCCUAUCGACGGAUAGUAUCGAGGUCAAAUACGACAGUUUUCGAAGAUUGCAAACAUUCGACAACGUACUUUUGGAAAAUAUAUACUGUGACCCCUACGAUUGUCUGUCGAGGACGAAUGUUAAAAUUUAUAGCGAUUUUUAUUUCCUUCACGGUAAUUCCCUGUUUGUGUACUCGAGGAAUGUGGGAGAUGUAGUGCAAAACGAAAAAUAUCUCCUGUUCUCAUCAAAUAGACGCGACUUGAUCCAUUUCAAUUACAUGCCCCUUUACGAACGUGCGAACGCCGAAAACGAUUUAAAAACGGAUCCGAAAAAAUUCAUAAAUAGCAACAGCACCAAAGACCUUAGUAAAGUUUCAUACAAAAAUUACGUGCCAAUGAUAAUCUUCAAUUCGAAGAACGUUUCGAGUCACUACUUGACGAAUCGUAAAACAUUCGCCGAAAAAUGUUCGAGAGUUUCUUUCGGCUGCGCCCAUCAGGCCUCUUGUUGCAAAAAAUCGUUUACGAAAAUAAAUAAUGUGCCAAAUUUGGACGAAAUAUCGCCCGUUGAGGAGGAAGUCUCGUCCGCCACCACCGACCAGAGUGUUUCGAAAUAUUUGACGUUAGAUGAGAUCGAAAAGUGUCUGAUGCAAAAGAGAAAAAUGGACGUGUUGCAAAGGCCCAAAAGGAAUGUGGCAUUCGAGCCGUUACUUUUCGAUAACAGACGGAAGAACAGUCACGAGACUGCUAGGAAAAAACAAGCAGACUAUAAGAAAAGCGUCAGAAUCAUGAUCCUUUACACUUUCGCAUUCUUAGGUCUGGCCAUUGUAACAUUUUUCACGAUUUAUUUAGCUUAACGAUAACAAUAAUUUGUAGACUAUAUAGACACAAUAAUUCGCCCUUUUUCCCUCCUAAUAGUUUAAUUUUAAUCAUUAAUUCGGAUCCUCGAUAACUAACACUAUGCUUAAUUUUUAAAAAAGAUAUUUAUCUACUAAUAAACGUGAAAGUGUCAGUGUUUGAAUGGAAUUGUGUGUUUUGUGUUACUUGGUGUGCGAGAUUUAACUCGAUUAUUAGCCAUUAAUUAUCUUCCUAUUUUAUUUUUGUCUUUUAAUAGAUACUCACCUUUUAUUACUGAAUGUUUGUACUGGGAUUAAAUAAUAGUAGUAUUAACAAAAAAAGGAAAUGGUAAAGAUUAUUUAUUUUCAUAGCACAUUUUUAAAUAAAGAGAUAAGAGGAAGAUAAAUUAAUAACUCAAUUUAUUAUUAUUUGAUCCCAUAUAAUUGGUUGUUGUUAAGACUGCUAAAUUUUUAAAUAACAGAUUUUUAAGAUGAUGAAGCUCACUUUUAAAGGCUGUUUUUAUUUCGUUCUCAAGAGUUUAUUCAUUGUUUGUAUUUUGUAGGCUAAUUUUAAGGUAAAUGUUAAACUUUCGUGUUACAGAAUUUAUGAAUAAAAUCGUAUGUGAGUUGAGUACUUGUUUUUAAAGAAAA